AUGAAAACUCCAGUAAACUUCCUGGAAUCCUUCCCCAACCUCCGCAGAGCCUCCGAACCAAUAUUAUCCCCUUGUCUUUCUCCGACAGGAACCAGCUUAUCCAACUUCCCCAACCUCACUCUGUUUUCACAUCCCCUGUUUUCGGCGGCCGCCCAGAGGACCAAUCACCCCCCACCGUCCGCUCACCGGUUCCCCAGCAGCCGGAUGCUGGGUGCUGUCAAGACGCAGCAGAUGAAGAACGCGGCGGCGACAGGUGGAGGAAGCAAGCUGUUCCGAGGGGUGAGGCAGAGGCAUUGGGGGAAAUGGGUGGCGGAGAUCAGGCUGCCGAGGAACAGGACGAGGGUGUGGUUGGGCACAUUCGAGACGGCGGAGGAGGCCGCGACGGCGUACGACACGGCGGCCUACAUCCUGAGAGGGGACUACGCGCAUUUGAAUUUCCCGGAGAUGAAGCACCAGCUGAAGGCGAAUCCCCUCAGCGGGAACACCGCCGCGCUCCUCGAAUCCAAGGAUGAGGAAAAGAGGCAGAGGAAAGAGGUGAGUUCGGAGCAGAGAGGCAGAGUUGCGGCGGUGGCCGGAGAGGCAGAGGAAGGUGGUGGUAAUGGCGUGGAUGGGGUUGGGGUUCAGUUGAGUAGAAUGCCUUCCUUGGAUAUGGACAUGAUCUGGGAUGCCAUUUUUGUUCCAUGA